AUGCAGAUCUUUAGGAGUGUGAACCCGGAGGAGCCGGACCCACUGCCUCCGACCGACUGGGAAGGCGGUUACUUCUGCCAACAUGUGGCGGUCUUUGUGCUUUUCUACUUCAGCUGCAUGGUGGCGUUCUUGGCCUCUUACAGCUCCUUCCUGCAGAUUUACAACAGUGUCCGUACGGUGGUGAGGAGCUGUGGAAAGUUGCAGUCAUCGGAAUGUGAUUCAACCCCGCCUCAGAGCUUCUCACUCCUCUGCCUCCUGGGUGCGUUGAGGAAACAGGUGGGGCGCAUGCUGAGGGCCGUCUUCAGCCAACGGGCCAGUCGGAAGCUCCGCAAGAGAUUCCGGCACUCGUUGGAGAGGAUCGUGCCCCAGGGCAAGCUCAGGCUGAAGCACCUGAGACCUGGAGGGCGGUGCAGGAAACACCGGAUCCAGUACUUGCAAUCAGCCGGCGGCGAAGUCCUGUGCUACCUCCCCCGCAAGGUCCUGGAGUAUCCGCACUUGACAGGGGGCUCGGAGGGCAUCUACAGCUAUGGGCACUUCAACUUCGUGGACGUCUGCAAGUCAAAGUAUAAGGCAGGCUCCAGGUAUAUCCGGUCAAGCAGAGAGCAGGUGGCAGGGAAGAAAUCACCCAGUUCAGCAACCUUUGAAAUUAGACCAGAGUUGAGACCCAGGUUGCAAUCCCCCAUCUGCAACUACAAGAGAGCCAACUUCAUCUAA